AUGGAAGAGAGACGCGGUCUGCAUCCUCACCAAGCACAGAGGGAUACGCAGACACGGACAGUGGGCGGCAUGUCGCGGCUAUGGAGGUCAAAUCAGAGCUCCAACAGUGCUGCAACUUCACCCAACUCCGCCGGAAAGACUUUCGUCGUUCCCUUGUUCCUGGCCCCGUCCCGUCGCUCAGCCCGAAACGAUAUGUUCGCUCGAGGCGCGUUGUCUACCAGCUCGAGGGACGAGGUGUCACCCCGUCCAGUCAUGGAGAAUGCUCCGAGAUUUGGAGAGGUGCCGCCACUAUCAACCCGACGAGAUGACGAGGACGAGCAAUCAGACAUGUACGCAGGAAGCUCGUGUCAUCAGCCAUCUUUGACGGAGGCGACCGAACCAAUACCUCUUGCUCGAAAUAUGGACGAUGAGCCUACCCCUUCCGAACGACAGGCCAUGCAAUCGUACCGUAAUGGCAGCAGUACGAGCAGGAGCAGCCGUUCUUCGAAACGAAGCAACAGAAAACACGGCGUGUUUUCCAAGAAAUCAUAUCGUGACCCAGAUGUCAACGCAAAGGCAAGAAUCAGCUUUGCAUUUGGCGUCACCUUGCUGGCUGCGGUGAUUAUUUACUUGGUCCUUGCAACCACCGGCGUGGGUAGAAAUACCCUGUUUCAUGUCCUCUCGAUCCUUCUGAUCCUGACCUUGACCGGGAUCUUCAUUCAUCAACUCAUCCGCAUGUGCAUGCUCAUGCGACGACCAAAGAGGUCCAGACGUCGGGCGGCGGCGGGGGCUCAACGCCGACCUGUCGCAGGCCAUGCUCGAGGCAGUCGUGAUAGACGACGGGCGCAGAACAAACGAGUUGAUGACUUGGUCCUUGAAAAGCCCAUCCAGAUACACAUGGCGACGGACACGGGUUUCGGGCCCGAUGUGGAAAACCAACCUGCAGUUCAGUUUCCCCCACCUGUAUAUGGGAACACUCGAACCAGCAUGAGACUGAAUCCGGAUCUAGUACACUGGAAGGAAGUACAAGUACCGCCCACACCUCUGACGCCCACAUACGAAGAAGCACUGAACCAAGUCCAUCAGAGUGUCGGAUACCGUCCGCCGAGUUACUUGUCGGACAGUGGAACAACGGCAGCUAUAGAGAACCGUACUAGAGACGUGAACGCUGCGCUCGAGAAUAUCCAUCCCCUGGAGCGAGAUCGCAUGAGGACAUUGGCCGCUGCUGCACUUGAGGGCCGCGAUCACAUCUAG